UUCAACUGGAAGUGGUCUUGUCUCGCGGACGUUGUGUGAGCAAAGUGCGCGGGAGCGGCUGGUUCAGAGAGCGGCUGGCGGGGAGACGACAGUGGCGGCUCUUCCCGUUGCAAACCUUAAGUCUUUCCCUCCCCGGCCCCCGCCUCGGCCAGCUUCUGAUAUCUUUAGGCGCUGAUAUUCCCUUUUCAGCCUUGGUUUGACUUUUUUUUGCGGCAACCAGAUUUCCCCCAUCCGCUUUUCUUCCCACUUUUGCAGCCGCAAUGGAUCUCAACUGCUCCCCGCUCAAGGUUAUUGAUGUGAACCCCAAAGUGAAGAAGAUAAAGAAUGAGAAAUCAAAGAGGAGGUUAUCUGUUGAAAGAAUCUAUCAAAAGAAAACUCAGUUGGAGCAUAUAUUGCUUCGACCUGAUACAUACAUUGGAUCCGUGGAGCAAGUAACUCAGCACAUGUGGGUGUUUGAUGAAGAUGAAGGACUGAAUUGCAGAGAUGUCACCUUUGUUCCUGGUCUUUAUAAAAUCUUCGAUGAAAUAUUAGUCAAUGCAGCUGAUAACAAACAGAGAGAUAAGAAUAUGUCUUGUAUCAAAGUUACAAUUGACCCGGAGAAUAAUACAAUCUCUGUGUGGAAUAAUGGGAAAGGAAUCCCUAUUGUAGAGCAUCAAGUAGAAAAAAUGUAUGUGCCAGCUCUUAUUUUUGGACAUCUUUUAACUUCCAGCAACUAUGAUGACGAUGAGAAGAAAGUCACAGGUGGUCGAAAUGGUUAUGGUGCAAAGCUGUGCAAUAUAUUCAGUACCAAAUUUACAGUCGAAACAGCAUGCAACGAAUAUAAGAAGCUUUUUAAACAGACUUGGACUGACAAUAUGACUAAAGCAGGAGAGACAAAACUGAAUCAUUUUGAUGGCGAGGACUUCACAUGUGUUACUUUCCAGCCUGACCUGUCCAAAUUUAAAAUGACUGUAUUGGAUAAAGAUACCGUGGCUCUUAUGUCUCGCAGAGCCUAUGAUAUUGCAGGAUCAGCUAAAAAUGUCAAAGUAUUCUUAAAUGGAAAGAAAUUAUCUGUCAAAGGAUUCCGUAAUUACGUAGACAUGUACAUAAAAAAUAAAGUGGAUGAAACUGGCAAUCCACUGAAAAUAAUCCAUGAAGAAGUUAAUGACCGGUGGGAAGUGUGUCUAACCAUGAGUGAAAGGGGCUUCCAACAAGUUAGCUUUGUCAAUAGCAUUGCUACAACUAAGGGUGGCAGACAUGUAGACUACGUUUCUGAUCAGAUUGUCAACAAACUCAUAGAUGUAGUAAAGAAAAAAAACAAAGGUGGAGUUGUAGUAAAGCCUUUCCAGGUGAAGAAUCAUAUGUGGAUAUUCGUUAACAGCCUGAUUGAAAAUCCAACUUUUGAUUCCCAAACAAAGGAGAAUAUGACUCUUCAAGCAAAGAAUUUUGGUUCAACAUGCAAAUUCAGUGAAAAGUUCAUCAAAGGGGCUAUGAGUUGCGGCAUAGUGGAAAGCAUUUUGAACUGGGUCAAAUUUAAAGCCCAGACACAACUAAAUAAGAAAUGUUCUGCUGUUAAGCACACUCGAAUUAAAGGAAUUCCUAAACUGGAUGAUGCCAAUGAUGCUGGGAGCAAGAAUUCUAUCAACUGCACUCUCAUUUUGACAGAAGGAGAUUCAGCUAAGACACUAGCUGUUUCUGGCCUUGGAGUUGUGGGCAGGGACAAAUUUGGAGUAUUUCCACUGCGAGGAAAACUUCUUAAUGUACGGGAAGCUUCUCACAAACAGAUAAUGGAGAAUGCUGAAAUAAACAACAUUAUUAAGAUUGUGGGGCUGCAAUAUAAGAAGAGCUACGAUGAUGAAGAAUCGCUCAAAAGCCUCCGCUAUGGAAAGAUCAUGAUCAUGACUGAUCAGGAUCAAGAUGGUUCCCAUAUCAAAGGUUUAUUGAUUAAUUUCAUUCACCAUAAUUGGCCAUCUCUUCUGAGACAUCCUUUCCUAGAGGAAUUCAUUACUCCCCUUGUAAAGGUUUCCAAAAACAAAGAAGAAAUUCCUUUCUAUAGCAUUCCUGAAUUUCAGGAAUGGAAGAACAGCAACCCUAACUACAAAAAUUGGAAAAUCAAAUACUACAAAGGUCUGGGUACCAGCACUUCAAAGGAAGCAAAGGAAUAUUUUGCAGCAAUGACAAGGCAUCGAAUACCUUUCAAGUACUCUGGCCCUGAAGAUGACGCUGCAAUCACCUUGGCCUUUAGUAAAAAAAAGGUUGAUGAUCGAAAGGAGUGGCUGACAAAUUUCAUGGAAGAUAGAAGGCAACGAAAGCUUCUUGGACUGCCAGAUGAUUACCUAUAUGGGAAAACUACAAAUUACCUGACCUACAAUGAUUUUAUCAACAAGGAACUUGUACUGUUCUCAAAUUCUGAUAAUGAGCGAUCCAUUCCAUCAUUAAUUGAUGGACUGAAACCAGGUCAGAGAAAAGUUUUAUAUACGUGCUUCAAAAGAAAUGACAAGCGGGAAGUAAAAGUUGCUCAGCUGGCUGGAUCAGUGGCAGAGAUGUCCUCUUACCACCAUGGAGAGACCUCACUGAUGUUGACUAUUAUUAAUUUGGCUCAAAGUUUUGUGGGCAGCAACAACCUGAACUUACUUCAACCCAUUGGUCAGUUUGGAACUAGGCUGCAUGGUGGAAAAGACGCUGCAAGCCCUAGAUAUAUCUUCACAAUGCUCAGUCCUUUGGCACGAUUGGCUUUCCCAGAAGUGGAUAACAAUGUGCUGAAAUUUCUGUACGAUGAUAACCAACGAGUUGAGCCUGAAUGGUAUAUUCCAAUCAUUCCUAUGGUGCUGAUCAAUGGUGCUGAAGGCAUUGGGACUGGCUGGUCAUGUAAAGUACCUAAUUAUGACAUCCGAGAAGUGGUUAACAACAUUCGACGUAUGCUUGAUGGAGAGGAGCCAUUAACAAUGAUUCCUAGUUACAAGAACUUCAAGGGGACAAUACAUGAACUAGGGCAAAACCAUUUCCUUAUCAAUGGAGAAGUAUCAGUUCUUAAUUCAACUACCAUUGAAAUUUCAGAGCUUCCAGUUCGAACCUGGACACAGACUUACAAAGAACAGGUUUUGGAGCCUAUGCUAAAUGGCACAGAGAAGACUCCAUCACUCAUAAUAGACUAUAAAGAGUACCACACAGACACCACUGUCAAAUUCAUCAUAACAAUGAGUGAACAUAAACUAGUGGAGGCAGAGACUAUUGGUCUACAUAAAGUCUUCAAAUUACAAACUCCUCUUUCCUGUAACAAUAUGGUACUUUUCGACCAUGUUGGCUGCCUUAAAAAAUAUGAGACUGCAGAGGAUAUUCUAGACGAAUUCUAUCAAGUCAGACUGCGUUACUACUGUUUAAGAAAAGAGUGGCUCACUGGCAUGCUGGGUGCAGAAUCUGCAAAACUAAACAACCAAGCUCGUUUCAUCCUUGAAAAAAUAGAAGGCAAAAUAGUGAUAGAGAACAAGCCCAAGAAAGAAUUAAUAAGUGUUCUCAUUGAAAGGGGUUAUGACUCUGAUCCAGUAAAGACAUGGAAAGAGUGUCAACAGAAGAACACUGAGGAAGAAGAUAUGGAAGAAGAUAUUGAUAAAGAAAACCAAUCUGUUGCAGCCAGUGGGCCAGAUUUUAACUACCUUCUGAACAUGCCCCUCUGGUACCUAACAAAAGAAAAAAAGGAUGAACUGUGCAAGCAGCGGGAUAAUAAAGAAACGGAGCUAGAAAACCUGAAACAGAAGGAUCCUACUGACUUAUGGAGAGAAGAUCUGGCUGCUUUUAUUGAGGAACUUGAUGUGAUAGAAGCAAAAGAAAAACAGGAUGAGAUGUUAGCAGUCACAGGCAAAUCCAACAGAGGGAAAGGAGGGAAAGCAAAAGCAAAAACCCUAAAGCUUCAGGAAAUCCUGCCUUCUCCCCAAGGGAGGAGAGUUAUCCCCCGAAUAACUGAAGAGAUGAAAUUGGGGGCAGAGAAGAAAUUAAAAAGAAAAAUCAAGGGUGAAAAAAUUGAUUUUAGUGAGAAUCAAGAUUUCCCAGGGACCAGCAAGGAACCAAGUAUUCUUAAACAAAGAUUGAUGAGGAAACUGAAAAUGGAGCCAGAUGACACGAAACACCCCAAACUGUUCAGGCCAAUAAAACCACCAAUGAGAGUAAAUCCUUGGUCUGACUCAGAAUAUGGAAAUGAAGGUUCUGUUGACUCUGAGGUUGAGUCUUAUAUACGACACAAAGUAGCAGCAACAUCUCUACAGGAUUCUAAUUCAGAUACGGAUGAAGAUGCUUUCCUUGAACACUAUACAAGACCAAUGAUAAAACCGAAGCCUAUUUUUACGAAAGCAAAGGGAGAAGUUGGAUUCAAACCGCCAGAAGCACAGAGCAGUAGUUUGGGCAAUCAGCCUCCUGUUCAGGAACCUUUCACUAAGAAAAAGGCAAAGACAAAACACACCAAGGCUAAGAGUUCAAGUUCCAGUUCAGAUGAUGGCCUCCAAAAGCUUAGCAAACUGAAGAAAACUGCUAAAAGAAGGGUGUCUUCCUCUUCCAGUAGUGAAGAUUCUGAUCCUGACUUUGGCCAAACCCUUAAAAAAAGAAUAGCACUUAAGAAAUCCAAGCAUGUGGAUGAAUCAUUUGUCGCUGAACUAGGCUCUGAUGAGGGCUUUGGUCAGCCCAUGAUCUGUGACAGACCAAUUCGCAGUAAGAAGCUAGUUCAUUAUCUGGAGCAGUCAGAAGAUGACCACUUCUAAUCUAACAACAAAAUAUAUUUGCAUUUCUCUUCAUUGUAGUUAAAAAUUAAUUCUUUAGUAAACAGAGAAACUGAUUUCAAAUACUUUUUAUGAGAUACCUGAUGAUAUUAAAUGUUGUGCUUUUUUCUAAUGCUGUAAAUAUUUGUCUGUCCUUUUUCUAGCAGUCAUUCUUGAUAAAACCAUAAGUAAUAAAAAGUAGCAGUUUA